AGAGCACUGUGUCUUUCACGCCGCGCAAUUUUGAAGCCAUGGCAAGUCGGGAUGGCGCCUUCGCGGGGGCGUGGCAGGAUGAUGAGGGAACUGUGGUGGUCGUCAAGGACUCCCGGAUGUACGGCCCGGACGGCGGCCAGCUGGAUCUGAAGAUAAGUGGGAGAAGCAAAUGUUCCUUCCAAAUGGGCACCGAGAUCUACGAAGGCACCCUGAGUGCCGACGGGAAGUUGGUCUGGAAUGAUGGCGCAGUGUGGGUUCGGGUUGAAGGCGAUCAUGCCAAGCCUUGCACUGCUGAAGAACACAUGGCAAUGUCAGCAAAGCCGCAAUCGAAUGGCCGUGCGAUUCCGAACGGAACCAACGGACAGUCGCAUGGCAUCGACCAAGCCAGAAAAGCCUUUGAGGAGGAGAAGGCUCGCAAGGCUGCAGCGCUGGACAGGGCAAGGGCCGCAAGAGCAGCAGCAGCAGCACCAGCGGAGGAGCCGGCACCGGCACCUCAGGCCAAGGACGCAAACGAAGCUGGCAUUGACCGAGCUAAAAAAGCCUUUGAGGAGGAGAAGGCUCGCAAGGCUGCAGCGCUGGACAGGGCAAGGGCCGCAAGAGCAGCAGCAGCAGCAGCACCAGCAGAGGAGCCGGCGCCGGCACCUCAGGCCAAGGACGCAAACGAAGCGGGCAUUGACCGAGCAAAAAAAACUUUUGAGGAGGAGAAGGCCCGCAAGGCUGCAGCGCUGGAGAGGGCAAGGGCCGCACGAGCAGCAGCAGCAGCACCAGCAGAGGAGACGGCGCCGGCACCUGAGGCCAAGGACGCAAACGAAGCGGGCAUUGACCGAGCCAGGAAAGCCUUUGAGGAGGAGAAGGCUCGCAAGGCUGCAGCGCUGGACAGGGCAAGGGCCGCCAGAGCAGCAGCAGCGGCACCAGCAGAGGAGCCGGCGCCGGCACCUCAGGCCAAAGACGCAAACGAAGCGGGCAUUGACCGAGCCAGGAAAGCCUUUGAGGAGGAGAAGGCUCGCAAGGCUGCAGCGCUGGACAGGGCAAGGGCCGCACGAGCAGCAGCAGCGGCACCAGCAGAGGAGCCGGCGCCGGCACCUCAGGCCAAGGACGCAAACGAAGCGGGCAUUGACAGAGCAAGAAAAGCCUUUGAGGAGGAGAAGGCUCGCAAGGCUGCAGCGCUGGACAGGGCAAGGGCCGCAAGAGCAGCAGCAGCAGCACCAGCGGAGGAGCCGGCACCGGCACCUCAGGCCAAGGACGCAAACGAAGCGGGCAUUGACCGAGCUAAAAAAGCCUUUGAGGAGGAGAAGGCUCGCAAGGCUGCAGCGCUGGAGAGGGCAAGGGCCGCACGAGCAGCAGCAGCGGCACCAGCAGAGGAGCCGGCGCCGGCACCUCAGGCCAGGGACGCAAACGAAGCGGGCAUUGACCGAGCAAGAAAAGCCUUUGAGGAGGAGAAGGCCCGCAAGGCUGCAGCGCUGGAGAGGGCAAGGGCUGCAAGGGCAGCAGCUGCAGGAGCAGCAGAGGAGACUGCGCCGGAACCUGAGGCCAAGGACGCAAACGAAGCGGGCAUUGACCGAGCCAGGAAAGCCUUUGAGGAGGAGAAGGCUCGCAAGGCUGCAGCGCUGGACAGGGCAAGGGCCGCACGAGCAGCAGCAGCGGCACCAGCAGAGGAGCCGGCGCCGGCACCUCAGGCCAAGGACGCAAACGAAGCGGGCAUUGACCGAGCUAAAAAAGCCUUUGAGGAGGAGAAGGCUCGCAAGGCUGCAGCGCUGGAGAGGGCAAGGGCUGCACGGGCAGCAGCUUCAGGAGCAGAGGCGACUGGCAAGGCACCUCAGGCAAGGGAGUCGAGCGAGGCGGGACCUGAUCGGGCAAAGCAAGCGUUUGAGGAGGAGAAGGCUCGAAAGGCUGCAGCAUUGGAAAGAGCCAGGGCUGCAAGAGCAGCAGCAGCAGCCACAGCAGAAGAGCCAACAUCUGCGCCAGCCCCUUCAGGGCUGGAUCAGGCCAGAAAGGCUUUUGAGGAGGAAAAGGCUCGCAAGGCUGCCGCUCUCGAGAGGGCAAGGGCCGCCCGAUUGGCCGUUGAGGGAAAGGACGGGCAGGGCGAGUCCGUGGAUCGAGCGCGAAAAGCUUUUGAGGAAGAGAAGGCCAGAAAGCAGGCAGCACUGGAACGAGCGAGGGCUGCAAGGGCGGAAGCUCCCGAUGGUGCGGAUGAGGAGAAGGCUCGGAAGGCGGCGGCGCUGGAGCGUGCCCGGGCGGCCAGUGGGGUGGACAGGGCCCGCAAGGCCUUUGAGGAGGAGAAAGCCAAGAAGGCGGCGGCGCUGGACAGGGCGCGGCGGGCGGCUGAGGGCUCAGCUGGCGCAGGGGCAGCAGGCGGCGACGCAAAGAUGGACCGUGCCAAGCAAGCCUUUGAGCAGGAGAAGGCCCGGAAAGCUGCUGCGCUGGAGCGAGCGAGAGCGCGGGCCAGGGCAGCAGGCCAGGAUCCUGCAGAUGAGCUGGGCCUAGGGCCCAACGCUGGUCUUGGGAAGGGCCGUGGCCGUGGCCUGGGAGGCUUCGGCAGCUGGCAGCUGGGCCGUGGCGGCCUGGGCGCGAGGGGUCUGGGUGGCCGCGGCGGCUUCGGCCGGGGCAUGUUCGGAGGUUGGGCCGGCGGCGUGCAACAGCUUACGCCCGGCGUGCUCGUGCGUUUGCACGGGCUGAAGGGCCGACCUGAGCUGAACGGCAUGAUCGGCAACUGCAUCAACUUUGACAAGAGCAAGGGGCGCUGGCAGGUGCGACUUGAAGAGCGCCCCGGGGCCGACAUGCUGUUCAAGGAGGAUAAUCUGCAAGCCGUCAGCGUGGACGAGUACGAGGCCGCCCAGGCGGCUGCAGAGGGCAUGGAUUCCAGAAUAGUUGAUCGGUUGCGAUGUCCCGCUGAGCAUGGCAUGAACGUGGAAGUGGCUGCCGAAGUCUACGAGUGCGACGUUUGUGAGGCAGACAUCGAAGUGAGCACCAAGCUGAUGUAUUGCGAGCGCUGUGACUAUGCCAUUUGUGAGACCUGCUCUGUGGAGGCGCUGCGGAAAGAAGCGCUGAAGGCCUAGGUACCUCGGGCUUCUGUUUUAUUUCUUUCCCGCCUGUUUUGGACAGCUACAGCUAGCGUCUGUGGUCCAUGGUUUUCAACAACCGCAAAAAGCGCCCACGGAGAAAAAA